AUGAAAGCGUUGGUGUGUGGUGAUAAAUUUAAACACCGCGAUUAUUACGAGACUCUGUUGAGUAUAGCUCCAGAACUGCAAAAGUGCGACCCUGGGAAACUUCAAAGCAAAAAAGUACCAUCGCUUAAAACCGUCAUUCGUAUCAGCGACGACUUUAAACGUGGUACUUACACUUUUGACCAAAUUUUGGACAUGGCGAGUAGUACCGAAAUCGAAAUUAUACAACAAUUGCAACUUACUAUUAGUCCCGAUGACGGCAGCAGCCUCCAUUUCACUUCAGGAACCACAGGAAAACCCAAAGCUGCUUUAGCCACCCAUUUCAAAAUGAUCAAUAACGGAUUCUUGAUUGGAAAAAGAAUGGAAUUGGCUGGUAAACAUCACACAAUUUGUGUACAAGUACCACUUUUUCAUGUGUUUGGUACCGUCGGAAUUAUCAUGGCAGCUUUAAAUUUCGCCAGUACUAUAGUUUUACCAACAGACGGUUACCAACCCGAGAAAAGUUUGGACGCAAUCAAAAACCAGAAGUGCACUGUGAUCACUGGAACGCCUACGAUGUUUCUAGACUUGAUAGAAACUCAAGAAAAACGGAAAGAAUCUAUAUCUGUAGAAAUGGCUCUCUUAGGUGGUACCCCAAGUGCACCACAUUUAUUAGAACAAAUAUUAAAAACCUUAAAUAUCUCCAAAAUUAAUUCCGUCUAUGGAUUGACAGAAUGUACAGCGUCAGUGUUCCAAUCAGUACCAAUUGAAAAUUCUCCAAUUCUUGUGUACUACGUACAAGAACAUGUUGAGGUUAAAGUAAUAAACGACAAUGGUGAAAUGGUACCUUUUGGUACCCCGGGUGAACUAUGCAUAAGAGGGUAUUGUAACAUGCUAGGUUACUGGGAAGACGACGAAAGAACUAACGAAAUGUUAAGAAAGGACGGGUGGCUCAAAACUGGGGAUCAAUUCAUUCUUGAAGAAGAUGGUAGUGGAAAAGCGGUCGGAAGACUAAAAGACAUGAUUUUACGAGGCGGAGAAAAUAUUUUUCCCAAAGAAAUCGAAGAAUUAGUGAUUACCCAUCCACUAGUUGUGGAAGUGCAGGUAAUAGGUACCCCACACAAAAGACUGGGAGAAGAAGUGUGUGCCUGCGUGAGAAUCAAACCCCAGUCACACUUAACACUAGAAGAACUCGCCACUUUCUGCAAAGGAAAGUUGGCCGAUUUCAAAAUUCCCACGAAAAUGGCGAUUUUCGAAAACUUUCCUCGAACCGCAUCCGGGAAAAUUCAGAAAUUCAAGCUCCAAGAAAUGCUUUUGUAGCUGUAUUUUGUGAUUAACACGAGGUGGUAUUUUCUUUAUUGUAACGAAUCAACAAACAAGUAAAAUGCG